AUGAACCGGGCUCCAUUCUGUCACCUAUCACUGCUCCUCCUGCUUGUGGUAAACCAGACAGGUGUGCACGGAGCGAGAAUCAUCGGGGGCGAAGAGGUACAACCCUUCUCCAUCAAGUACCAGGCCUCCAUCCUGUUCUCAAACUACCACUUCUGUGGAGGCACCCUCAUCCACAGGCAGUGGGUGGUGACUGCUGCCCACUGCUGGCGACCGAGUCACCUGAUCCAAGUGGUCUUGGGUGAUCAUGACAUCACCAAGGAGGAGGGUACUGAGCAGAGGUUCAACGUUGCCUUGAUCAUCACCCACAACCAGUACAAAUACUGGACAUUUGACAAUGAUAUUAUGCUGCUUAAGUUGGACCGCCCAGCUGACAUCAACGCCACUGUCCAGCUGGCCUCCCUGCCAGACCCGGACUCCCCGCCCUUGGCUGACUUUGCCCCGUGCACAGUCAGCGGCUGGGGUGUGACUUGGCUGUACAGCUACGAGCUGUCCCCCGUGCUCAAGUCCGUCAAUGUAGACAUCUUUAACAACUGUCGGUACUACUACUACUUCAGGGUCACAGACAACAUGAUCUGUGCCGGAUCUCUCUCUGGGGGGAGGGACUCCUGUCAGGGGGACUCAGGAGGACCUCUUACAUGUAACGGUAAAUUCAUGGGCAUUGUAUCAUGGGGCAUCGGCUGUGCCAAUCCGUACUACCCGGGCGUGUACACUAAAGUCAGAAAUUACCUCGGAUGGAUCAACUGGGUCACCCAGAACAGCUAAAGAGACUUAAUACUCUUUAUCACAGCCCCACAUAUGACUCUACUGUGAUGAAGAUUCAAGUCGAGCCUAAAGGAACCAGAGGCCUUGCUGGAUAUUUUUGUUGUCUUGCAUGCAGCACAUUUAGUCAAAAAAAGAUAAAAUAUAAAAUCAUCUCUAGCACACACCCUAUGAGUAUGAACCCAGUCAAUAUAGACAGCGAAGGUUGGGUUUUUAACACUUGAAUGACCAGAGAGACGAGACUGAUGACUAAUUAGAAGAACAAUACUUGGAAUGCUUGAAGCAUUCCAACUAAUGACAAUGACGGUGACGCUUACGAUCAAAAGAAAGCUAAAUGCACUUUGUAUUUUACUUAUUUUAUUAGUUUGUGGUGUUUUCCAGAAAACAUAUACAAUACAUUUCACAGAUUUUGGUGAUCAUUUCAGAGAUCAUUUUGGUCUUCGAAGCCUCCUGAAAAAAAAACGCUGGACUCAACAAUUAAAGAUAACUAUUUUCUAAAACUGUCUGUCUCUGUUGUUUCUGGGUCAAACAAGAUAUGAAACAAAAGCAAUGAGGAAAAAAAAAAUCUUUGUUUGUUCAUACAAGUGUGUCACAACACCCGGCAAUGGAAUUCAUAUGCGGGGCCAAAAUCAACUAAGGCCACCUCCCAGUACGUUAUGACAACAUUUGGACAUCCUGGCCAGUGACUGGCUGGGACGGCUCCCACUACCCCCUAUAGCGGCUUAUACACAAUAAACAAUAUCCAAAAGCCGCAGCGGGCUAAGACAUGAGGGGAUCAUACUAAUGACGCGUCGCACUGAAGUAUUUUGAUGUUAGCUUUAUUACUUCUUUUCACCGAGGAAACAUACGCCAAUCGCUUACUUUACCGGAUGCAUUUUAUUGGUCAAGUGAGUAUCAAAAGCACAAGUAACUCCAUUGAAGUGACGAUGACGUUAACGAUGGUAAUGACAAUGACAAUGACGGUGACGCAGACGUUAACGAUGGUAAUGACAACUAGAAAAUGCAUUUCCUGCUGAAAAUGCGUUGGAAUGCAGAAAGCUGAAAUUAAUUUCAAAAAGUUGCUUAAAGUACAGAAAUGAAACAAGCUGAAAGUAUUCUAAACAUUGCGGAAAGAAUAGAAAAAGCUGAAAUACAUUUAAAAAUGGCUGAAAAUACAGAAAUGAGAAAAGCUGAAAUGAACUUGAAAGAAUUGCAAAAAAAACAGAAAUGGGAGAAGCUUCUAUGAAUUUGAAAACACAGAAAUAAUAAAAGCUGAAAUUAAUUUAAACGUUACUGAAAGAAUAGAAAUAGGAAAAGCUGAGAAUUAAAAAAUACAUUUUUUGUAGUAAUAUAAGGUUUAGUACUAUAGUUGUAAUUGUGGUACUAGCAGCAGUAGAAGAAGUAAGUACUAGUUUCACUAGUAUUUGAAAGCAAUUGUGGUGUACCUAUUGUUGAGGUACAGAUAAUCAUUGAGGCUUUUAUUUUGAAAUAAUGGAAUUGGGUGGGGGGGGG